AAUCAGCUACCUGUAUGAAGAAAAUAGAUUAGAAUAUAAAUAACGUAGUCUACGUUAAUUAUAGAAAAACAUAUGUUAAAUAGUUUCUGUGAUCCAAAAAAAUAUCAUGCUAAACCAAUGGACAUUAUUGUGUAUUAGCCUCUUUCCAUUUACAUUCAAGAGAAUCGUAAGCCGAAGUGUUUUGAGCGUUGAGAUAAAUAUUAACGAAUAGCAAAACAGAAAAAAUAAAGCGAAAGCUUUAAGGGGUUAUAUAAUAAUUUGUAAGUUAUUGAAUUUUUUAGUGGAGUGCUUAACUGAUUUACAUUAAACUAAAAUCAAAAUAUCUUCUGUGGCCGCAUCAAAUGAUGAGAUAUAUUCUGCGUUGCAUGAGUUUUGAAAAUUCCGCUAAUACUUUCAACGUUCACUUCGACCAACCUUUGAUAAGGGUCGUUGUGAACGUUAGACAUGACGUCAUGAGUGACGCAUUCGCCGCAACCACUAUGAUCAUAUUCACUAUGUGGAACGCCCAUAAGAGUAUUUCAAGGGCGUAGAAUGCUUAGUGGAAUGCACCUUUAAUAUUCUCAAUAGGAUUAUUGUUUUCAUAACUUAUGUGUACUUAUUUUUAUAACAAAAUCUGACAACGUGAUGUCUUCAACCUCACUUUCAAUCUGAGUUCCCACCUGAGACAGGUGAGACUGAGAAGUAGCGUGCAUUGAACCGAUUUACGACGUCACAAGUAAGAAUAUUCUGAGUUUUGGUGUAAAUGGAAAGCAGCUAUUAUGUGCCUUGAUCAUGAGACUAUACAGUGUUGGUAUCCAAACAUUGAAAAUAGCAUAUUUUGAAUUUAUGAAUAUGUAAUAUUGAGGUUAUUGUAAGAAUUUAUUAAAACAAUGAUAUAGCGAAAUUUUAGUUGUAACAUUCUGGAAAUUAAUAUUCAUUAUUUGUAUUAAUUUUUUUACAAAAUGAGAAAUAUAUUACUUUUAUUAUUUUUAUACAUUUUAAACACAAUCGCAUAUAGGCCAGUCAUUUUAUUACAUGGAAUUCUUACUGGUUCGGAAAGUAUGGAACUUAUCAAAAAUUGCAUAGAAGAGAAACAUCCUGGUACAAUUGUAUAUAACAUUGACAAAUUUGGAGGAUGGUCUAGCUUAGAUAACAUGUGGUAUCAGGUGAAACAAGUAUCCCAGAUUAUCACUAAUAUUACUACAAAUCACUCAGAAGGAGUUAAUUUUUUAGGUUACUCACAAGGUGCUCUCUUAGGAAGGACUAUUUUACAAGCAAAUCCUAACCACACAAUUCACAGAUAUAUUUCAUUGAGUGGACCCCAGGGAGGUCAAUAUGGAACUCAGUUUCUUCAUUUAUAUUUCCCAGGUUUAGCUUUGGAAACGGCUUUUGAAUUGUUUUAUUCUAGAGUUGGACAACAUACAUCCGUAGGAAACUACUGGAAUGAUCCCUACCAUCAAAAAUUAUUCUACGACUAUUCCCAGUAUUUACCUUAUGUUAAUAAUGAAAUUAGAAGUAAUAGAAGUGAUGAAUUCAAAGCAGCUCUAUUGAAAUUAGAUAAAUUGGUGCUUAUUGGAGGACCACAAGAUAAUGUCAUUACACCAUGGCAAUCUAGUCAGUUUGGAUAUUAUAAUGAAAACGGAACAGUUGUCAAAUUUGAAGAUACUGUUACCUACAAGCUCGAUACAAUUGGAUUGAAAACUCUCUACCAAAAGAAGAAACUUAUUUUAGUUACUGUGCCAGGAGUUGACCACUUUAUGUGGCAUACAAAUGUAACUAUAUGUGAUAAUUAUAUUUUACCAUAUCUUGACUGAUCAUUUUCAAAUUACAACAUUUACAAAUACAGUUGAGUCUCUAUAAUCUAAUACUUCUAUAGUCCAGCACGUUCUUAGUCCACUAUACAGUUGCUAUUCAUGUGGUUUAGAAUAAUCCACUCUUCGUUAGUCUUUGAAAAAUAAAUGAAACAAUACCAUGAAGUUGCUUUUACUGCAGCUCCUAGAUGUGAUUUUAUGUCUCUCUAAUCUAAGAUUCUUUACAUCUCAAGAAAUGUAAAAUUAAGUAGUGAUGAUACUAUCAAAAGAUAGAUAGAUCACUAGUAAAUUCUAGUAUUUCCUAGUGAAAAAUGUGAAAAAACUAAUUUUAACGCCGAGGGUAAUAGUCAACACUAGUUUUGACUAACUGGAAUUAACUGUAAACGGAUUUUAACUAAUUAAAUAUAAACAGUUGGUAUUUAGUAAAAGACACUUGGUGUAUGUUAACUUAUCGACCAUGCAAGGUAUUCUUGUUAAAAAAUUCUUAAUGAUUAUAAUGUAAUCUAGAUCAGUUAGAUCAAUAUACUGAAUGUCCCAUGAACAAUAUCACAAAUAAAUAUAAUUAUGACUCGUCGUGUGGUUUUUAAUUGUGGAUUAUAAAGACUCAACUGUAUAGUCUUAUUUUGGUUUCGAAAUUCAUAAGGUGUUUUAAAUUCAAAUAUAACUAGGAAAGUGGUGAUUUUAAAUAGUGACUAUACCAAAUAACUUUUGGUAUUAAAAGAUGGAUCAAACAUAAAAUUGUAGGUAUAUUGAAUUUGAUAUUUUUUUAUUGUAAGUCUUAAAUCAGUCUCAAACUUUCUCUAAUCUAUCAUUUUAUUUCAUGUUUUUUUGCUUAACUGUUAAUUAAACAAGUAAAUUAAAAAUGAUUUUUUAAAAUAAGUAUUUAACCAUCUUUAUACAAAUAUAUUUUAUAAUAGUGAAACAAAAUGUGAACAAAGAUAUUAGGAGUUAUAUUGUGAUAUACUAGUUUUUUGUUAAAUCAUUAAUUUAUUAAAUCAAUUUUCAAGCAUC